GAACUUGUGCACCAGGGAUGGUUUCUGCACCCGAUACGCUGCAAACAAAACGAGAGCGAAGCGAAGAAGCGCGUCUUCCACGGUUCGUCUCGUCCACUUGCUUGCCUCCUCCUCCCCUCUCCCGCGGGUCUCCUCCAUCCUCCGCCUCUCUUCCCCACGCCGCCACAGCUUCCCGCACUCCAAGGCGCGGCACCAACCAACCGCACCCCCGCGGGAGCUGGCGUGAGCAGGUCUGCGUGCGUGUCGCUAUCUUCCCCCCAUGGCGUGGGUGAUGCACCGGUCGAGCUCGGACGGCGGGUCGAGCAGCGGGUGGUCGGACGCCGCGGCGGCCGUGGUGGCGGCGGCGGAGGAGCGGGCCGGGUGGGAGGUGCGGCCGAGCGGGAUGGUCGUGCAGGCGCGGGACGACGCGGCGGGGUCCGGCGGCGCCCCGCCGAGGCCGCCGCCGCCGCCGGAGAUCAAGGUGCGCGUCAAGUACGGCGGCGCGCGGCACGAGGUGUCCGUGUCCCCCAUUGCCACGUUCGGGCAGCUGAAGAAGCUGCUGGCGCCGAGGACGGGGCUGCAGCCGGCGGACCAGCAGCUGAGCUACCGGGGCAGGGCGCGGGGCAACGCCGAGUACCUGGACGCAUGCGGCGUCAAGAACAAGUCCAAGGUGGCGCUCGCCGAGGACCCCGCCAGCGUCGAGCGCCGCUACAUCGAGCGCCAGAGGAACGCCACGGCCGAGAGCGCCAACCGCGCCAUCGGCGCCGUCGCGCUCGAGGUGGACAAGCUCGCCGAUCAGGUAACUAGCAUCGAGAAAUCGAUUUCCAGAGGGAACAAGGUGCCGGAGGUGCAGAUCACGACGCUGAUCGAGCUGCUGAUGCGGCACGCGGUGAAGCUGGAGAGCAUACCUGCGGCCGGGGACUCCUCUUCGCAGAAGAACAUUCAGACAGAGGCAUGCAUGCGUGCAGGCGAAGCGGGUGCAGAAGUGCGUGGAGACGCUGGACGUGCUCAAGGUGUCCAACGCGCGGCUGCAGGCGGUGGUGGUGACGACCAAAUGGGAGACGUUCGACGCGGCGGCCACCACGACGAAGUGGGAGCUCUUCGACUGAGAUCUGUGCAGUGCAGCAGGGCACUGCAGCCAAGAGGAUACGUGUAUACGUGCAUGGUGUUUUAUUUCCUUGUCUCUCCCGGUUUUAUUUGGUGCACAUUAUUGAAUUCGCGCGUUGUAAUCAAUCAUGUACGGUGAGACGACGACGCUAGGUUAGAACAUGCUAUAAGGGCCGAUCGAAACGACCCCACUGUUAACCGUUUGUAAUCACAGCACCACUCCCAUUCCUCUCGCCCCGGACGACGACGGAGUCGAUCCAUCUGUCCAGCGAUUGAUCCGUCUAUCUAGUCUAACAAAUAAAGGAAAGCGACACCGUUCUUUUUUUUUA